AUGCAGAUCCGAACACUCACCACCACAGCUCUUCGACUAGCUAAACAAUCACCACCAACAGCUAGCACAAAAUACCUAGGACGCCCAUCGAACAAUCUCUCUGCAGGGCUUGUGGGGUUGGCAAAUGUUGGAAAAUCGACAUUCUUCCAAGCCAUUACAAAGUCUUCAUUAGGUAAUCCUGCGAACUACCCUUAUGCCACGAUUGAACCGGAGAAAUCCAUCGUUCAAGUACCUUCUAGGAAAUUAGAUCAUUAUCAACGCAUUUAUAAAUCACAAAAGAAAGUUCCCACUAACUUAACUGUGUGGGACAUUGCAGGUUUAACGAGGAACUCCAGUUCUGGUGCAGGAUUGGGAAACAAAUUUUUAAACGAUAUCCGUCAAGUUGAUGGAAUACUACAGAUUAUUCGUGGGUUUAUGGAUGACGAGAUUAUACAUAUUGAAGAGAAUAAAGUUGACCCUGUUCGAGAUUUAGUUAUCGUCAAUGAUGAAUUAAUAUUGAAAGAUUUGGAAUUUAUUGAAGUGGAGAUGGAGAAGAGCACAAAGAAUUUGAAAAAGCCAAAUCAAACCCAUGAGGCAAGAAAUUUGGAGCUUUUGGAGAAAUUGAGUGAUUGCUUGUACAACGGUGUCAAGGUGAUUAAUGGUGUUUGGACCGAUGAAGAAAUUGAUUACAUAAACGGGUUAAACUUGUUGACCGCAAAGCCAACUGUAUAUCUAUUGAAUGUGUCAAAAAGUGAUUAUAUUGCAGGAACGAACCAGUUUUGGGGUAGAGUACAAGAGUGGAUUACCACCAAUUCUGGCAACGAUAAGCUUAUCAUGUUUAGUGCUGAAUACGAGCAUGCACUAAUCACGGCCGAACCACAAGAUAAGGAACUGAUCGUUCCCGCAGUGAUUCAGGAGAUGCGCGAUUCUUUACAUUUGAUAUCAUUUUACACUUGCGGCGAUAUUGAGUCUAGGCAGUGGACACUUCGAAAGGGUAGCUUGGCGCCAGAUGCUGCUGGGUUGAUACACACCGACUUGCAAAAGACAUUCAUCAACUCGAUUGUUUACAAGUGGGAUGACUUGGCACAAUUGGAGGUGUUUGACGAAAACAAAUUGAAGCUGAUGGGGAAACAAUAUAGAAAUGGGAAGAAAUACGAAGUGGAGGAUGGCGACGUGCUUGUGAUAAAGGCGGGCAGUGGAAAAGCUAGAUAA